UGGCCAUUGGGAGGACAGUGCACUUUACGACUAAUAAAUGGGUCAUGCGGUGUGCCGGGAGAGCUAAAUCGGCGAGAAGCUACAGGUAGAUCGUACUUUUUCGACUGACGUCACUCCCAGGGAUGGGCUUGUCACGUGGUUAAAGUCUGCGCUAUCUUGUGGAAAACAACCUCUGAGCUUUAAGGGAAAAAACUGGGAGAAAAACUACUGGAGAUAACAAGCUAAUUUAGCAGGGGCAAAGGUGAUUCCUGGAUGUAUGUAUGAUCUGUAUGUCCAGACAAGGUUUGCACUCUGACCUGCAAGCCAAUGGCUCAUCUCUUUCCCCAUGACCUCUGGAGGAGGUCCCUGCGGCCGCACUGAGCGUGUCCGUCAUGAACCCCAUUACGACCAGGUCCCGCCAGGCUCCCUACGCCGAAACGAACUCUUUGACCUUCAACCCCUGAGGUACCAGCGGAGCACCGAACUAGCCCUGAGCUCUGAUCCCCUUCCGCCCCCUCCCCUGCCCGACCAGCCCCCUGUGGGGCCCGAGUAUGACCCCAGCGUCAGUGAGGACAACCCAGACCCUGACCCAGAUCCACACCUCGAACUAGACCCUGCCCUCGACAUCAAACCGGUCCACCGUUUCAUCCCUGACUCGUGGAAGAGCUUCUUCCGAGGGACCAGUCUCCGCAGCAGCAAGCCCUGCCCCAUGCCUGCCUCCUCCUCCUCCUCUAACAACAACAACAGCACCAGUGGCGGGGUGCGCUGCUCGCCCCCACACUCGCCCUCCCUGCCCAGAUCCUACCGGGACCCCUAUGGGGGGUCGGGGGGAAGCAGCUACAACUCCCGCAAGGAGCUCCUGGGAGUGGGUGACCACCAAGAGUCAAUUUCGGGACGCACACUCCACACGGCGCUCACCUACAGCGAGCGGGUGGAAGAGUACCACGAGCGCUACGGCUACAUGAAGUCCUGGGCGGGCCUGCUGAGGAUUCUGGGAUGUGUGGAGCUGCUGCUGGGUGCAGCGGUGUUCGCCUGCGUGUGCGCGUACGUGCACAAGGACAACGAGUGGUUCAACAUGUUUGGCUACUCCUCGCCUGGAAGUGCAUACGGAGGCUACGGAGGUGGGAUGUACGGAGCGGGCACCGGAGGGUCCUAUUAUUCGGGUCCUCAGACUCCGUUUGUGUUAGUUGUGGCGGGGCUGGCCUGGAUCGUGACUGUGAUAUUGUUGGUGAUAGGGAUGACUAUGUACUACCGCACCAUCCUACUGGAUUCCUCCUGGUGGCCCCUGACAGAGUUUACUAUAAACCUGGCCAUGGCCGUGCUCUACAUGGCUGCAGCUGUAGUCUACGUCAGGGACACCACGCGGGGCGGUCUCUGCUCCCUUCCCAUCUUCAACAAUGGCAUCAACGGGGCUUUUUGUCGCACCGAGGCCGGACAGACAGCCGCCAUCAUCUUUCUGUUCAUCACCAUGGUGAUCUACCUGAUCGGGGCCAUUGUGUGUCUGAAGUUGUGGCGGCACGAGCAGGCACGCAUGUACCGGGAAAAGUAUGGCCUGGAGAUGCAUACGACAGAUUUCCCUGCGGCGCGGUCUUUGAUGCCGGUUCCAGAGCCAAUUCAGGGUUCUACUGUGGUUCCCAUCCAGGCUGCGGUACCCAAGGCAGGGCCACCGAAGGUUCUACAGGGAGCUAUCCCUUCUGGUCACAUCCCCAAACCAGUCAUCAUGCCUGACUAUAUAGCUAAGUACCCAACCAUCCGUACGGUCGAUGAGCGGGACCAGUACCGGGCUGUGUUCAAUGACCAGUACUCUGAGUACAAGGAGCUCCACGCCGACGUGCAGGCCACCACCAGGAAGUUUGACGAGCUGGACGCCAUGAUGCGUGCCCUACCCCAGCACCCCAACAGUCAGAUGGAGUAUGACCGCGUAAACAAAAUCCUUCAGGAGUACCAAAGGAAGAAAAAUGAUCCUACGUUCCAGGAGAAGAGGGAGCGCUGUGAAUACCUGAAGAACAAACUGGCCCACAUUAAACAGAAGAUCCACGAGUACGACAAGGUCAUGGAGUGGAACGAUGGCUACGGGGCGGGUCAUAUUUUGACGAUGCAACACCUGAACAAGGUGUGGCCUGUUAUUGAGGAUCGGACGGAAUUUCACCAGAAAGCACUGGUGUUAGACGCGCUGACUAUUUUCCAACAGAGCUCAAACAGUUUUAAAGAGAGAGAGACCCUUCGGGCCCCAGGAAUGUCUUCCAAGCCCAACGGGAGUCCGCCUCCCUAUGAGUCAGAUGGAUAUCAUGAGCCACCCCAACCGGCGUACUCCUACUACCCUGACGAUGAGUUCCAGCACUUCUACAAAUGGACGUCUCCCCCGGGCAUCAUCAAGCUGAUGGCCAUCAUCGUCAUUGUCCUCUGUGUGGCCAUAUUCGCCUGUGUGGCCUCUACGCUGGCCUGGGACAGCCAGGGGGCCAUGUCUGGCUUCGGUGGUUACGGGGGCAGCUCGUAUGGGGGCAGCUCGUAUGGGGGCAGCUCGUACGGAGGCGGUGGUUACUCCGGUAGCUUUGGUGGAGGUGCCUAUGGUGCCGGUAACAACUAUGGCUACGGUGGACUCGGCGGGAACUACAAUGACCCUCGCACUGGCAAAGGAUUCAUCAUUGCCAUGGCAGCAUUCAGCUUCAUCACGGCCCUUGUCAUUUUCAUCAUUGUGGUGUCGAGGCAUGGCCUGUCGGAGUCUAGAAGGUUCUACCUAGCUGUGGUGAUCAUCUGUGCUAUCCUGGCCCUGCUGAUGCUCAUAGCGACUAUAGUGUACCUGGUGGCGGUGAACCCCAUGGCUCAAUCUACAGGGUCGAUCUAUGGGAGCCAGCUGGCAGGCCUGUGUGCCCAGUACCAGGGCCCCCAGGCUUCAGGAAUGUUGGUCAACCAGUAUCUCUACCAUUACUGUGUGGUGGAGCCUCAGGAGGCCAUAGCGAUAGUGUUUGGCUUCCUGGUGAUGGCGGCUCUGAUCAUCAUGAUGGUGUUUGCCUUAAAGACGCGCCAGAAAAUCAGGAAUCAUGGCAAGUCCAACGUCCUGUGGAGGAAGGUGAAGGUCAUCAACGAGGAGGCCCCGCCCCAGGACGUGGAGGCAUGGGUGAACAAUGUGUCAGGUUUUCCUGAUGAAGGUGUGGUGCUGACCGACUACCCAGAGAAGUUUGGAGGAUCCAGGAGUCACCUGGACGACACCAGCACCAACUACGACAAACCUCCCUACAAUGACAGCCCAGCUGCAAUCAUCAGUCAUGGAUGGUACUGUGGGUCAACUCACAGCUUAUCUCACCCCAGAAAGUCAAGCAAAACAACACCUCCUCCAGUAGUAUGUGACUUCCCUGUGCACAGUAGCGCCCCCUACAGCAGUGGCUCAGAGAUGGCCAGCUCAGCAGCAGGGAAGCCCAAGAAGAGACGGGCUGGUCGUCCUCGCCGUACUGAUGGACAGGAUACAGACUACGCUUCCUCUGGGGACGAGCUGGACGACGACAAUGACUUCGACAGUGAGUUCCCCACCAUUGCCAAUGAGCAGGAACGUGUGGACUACAAGCGUGAGUUUGACCGGGAUCACCAGGAGUACAAGGACCUGCAAGGAGAGCUGGACAUCAUCAACAAGAGUCUGUCAGAGGUGGACAGAGAGCUGGAUGAGCUGCAGGAGGGAAGCCCCCAGUUCCUGGAUGCUAUGGAAAAGUACAACAGGCUAAAGGACAUAAAGAAGUCAGCAGAUUACCAGUUGAAGAAGCGCAGGUGUAAAUACCUGAAGGCCAAACUGUCCCACAUCAAGAGGAUGGUCGCUGACUACGAUCGCAGGGCCUGAACUUCCUGUCACCUGACGUCAGCCAGGAUACUUCUUCCGGUUCAGAGUUGAUGCCAGAUGUAACACUGGUGGUUUGAGUCAGAUUCUACUUAUUUCUUUGGCUCUGCUCUAGUAACACUAGCAUAUCACUUAGAAUUGAGCAAUGUAUUGAGCAUUUAUUCUAAGUGGUAUGCUUGUGUAGAUAUAAGAACGUAACCUUUGUAAUUAGGUUUGUGGUUGCUGUAUACUGAGCAUCUUUACUGAAGUGUCUUCCCAAGGAUCUCCACUGUGAUUGGAUGGAUGUGCUAGGGAUCAGCCAAUCCACAGUAUACUACAAAGCUGUUAAAAAUGAAGUUCUCGCACAUACUUCCUGAGACAAUGGCUGUAGAAAUGUGUGGGUUUUGUGACUUUAAAAAAACAUUGGUAAAUUGAAUGUGCAGAAAUAAUAUAUUUAUAUGACUGCAUUAAGUUAUUAGUGUUCAAAGGCUUGUGUUAACUCUUGUUUCGUAUAAUGAAUGGUACUUAGUGCAGUUUAUCCUCUCUGUUGUCUGUUGCUAAUGUUGGGAUGGGACAAAAUGACAACCUCAAACUGAUGUUGUGAGACUGAUUUCACUCUGAUACAUUAGACGUUUUUACAGCUUCCUCUUUUAGAUACGAUGUUCACUUUCUAUUUUCUCUUAACCUCAUUGUCAGGUGUUGAUACUUGUACUUAUCAAAGGUUUGCCAUUUGUAAAUAUGUGAAUAUACUUGUGGUCUCUUUAUGUACUAAUGCAUUGUACCCUCUCCUGUCAUUUUUUGUCAGUUGCUAAAGACUUCGAAACUGUUAUACUUUGUAAAUCAUUAUGCAUUUGAUUCAUGUUCUGUUUACUUUUUUGACCUAAAUGGAAUAUAUUCAAGGUCACCUUUUUAAAACUGAUAAUUCAAUUAAGAUUUGCGUAACAGUUGAAAUCAACCUGAUCAAUUUUGUUCUAUAUGGUCUCUUAAAGCCAUUCUCAGGUUUUUCAAUGUGUGAAUAUACUGUUAUAUACUUAGUUAUAUUAUAUUGAUGUAAUAUGGUCUGCUCUCUUUUGUCAGUUGCUAAAUACUUUGAAACUUUUUAAAAUCAAGAUGCCUUAAGGUCUUUUUAAAUAAAAUAAUUAAACCGCA